AAUAGGAAGUUGCUUUUUGAAUCAGCCUGACACUGAGGGGAGGUGGUGAGACUAUAAGAAUGUGGGUUGGCCAGAGGGAAGAAAGGCAACAGAAUCGCAGAGGAGAUGGCCAGCUGUCUAAAAGCCACCUGGAACCUGAGACUCCAGAGCGUGGUCCUGGGAGCUGCUCAACUCCUCUGGUUCACUGUCUUGAUCUUUGAGCUAACACGUCAGAAGGAAGUGGCAGCUUGGACAUAUAAUUACAGCAUAAAGGCAUACUCGUGGGAUAACGCAAGGGCUUACUGCCAGAAGCGCUUCACAGAUUUAGUAGCCAUCCAGAAUAAGAACGAAAUUGCUUACCUUGAUGAUGCCAUACCCUACGUCAGCUCUUACUACUGGAUUGGGAUCCGAAAACUCAAUGAUCAGUGGACCUGGGUGGGGACGGAAAAGGUUCUCACUGAGGAGGCAGAGAACUGGGCAGACAAUGAGCCCAACAACAAGAAGAACAACCAGGACUGUGUGGAGAUCUACAUUAAGAGUCCAUCGGCUCCUGGCAAGUGGAACGAUGAGCCCUGCUGGAAAAGAAAGCGGGCGUUGUGCUACACAGCCUCCUGCCAUGACAUGUCCUGCAACCAGCAAGGGGAGUGCAUUGAGACCAUUGGAAACUACACCUGCUCCUGCUACCCUGGGUUCUAUGGGCCCGAGUGUGAAUAUGUUAGCCAGUGUGGAGAAUUUGACGUCCCCCAACAUGUGCUCAUGAACUGUAGCCACCCUCUGGGAGACUUCUCUUUCAAUUCGCAGUGCAACUUCCACUGUGCUCAAGGGUACAAAUUGAGUGGACCCAGCAAACUGGAAUGUUUGGCUUCUGGAGUCUGGACAAGUUUGCCUCCACAGUGUGUAGCUGUACAGUGCCAGCACCUGGAAGCCCCUGCCGAGGGAGCCAUGGACUGUGUGCAUCCACUUGCUGUCUUCGCAUAUGGCUCCAGCUGUAAAUUUGAAUGUCGACCUGGUUAUCGAGUGAGAGGCGUAGACACACUCCGCUGUGCUGGCUCUGGCCAAUGGACUGCACCCUUGCCAACCUGUGAAGCCAUUGCAUGUGAGUCACUGGAGAGUCCACUCCACGGAAGCAUGGAUUGCUCCCCAUCCUCCAGAGCAUUUGGAUACAACACCAACUGCAGCUUCCAUUGUGAUGAGGGCUUCAUGCUGAAGGGCAGUGAUGUCAUUCGGUGUGCUGCCUUAGGACAGUGGACAGCCCCAGCCCCAGUGUGUCAAGCUUUGCAGUGCCAAGAGUUUCCAGUUCCAAGGAAGGCCCAAGUGAACUGCUCGUACCCUUUUGGUGCCCUUAAAUACCAGUCAGUCUGCAGCUUCUCCUGUGAUGGGGGCUCACUCCUGGUGGGAGCAAGUACAAUAAAGUGCUUGGCUAGUGGACACUGGAGUGGCGCUCCUCCAGAAUGCCAAGCCAUUACCUGCACACCUUUGCUCAGCCCUCAGAAUGGAACGAUGACCUGCAUCCAGCCUCUUGGAGGCUCCACUUAUCAAUCCACAUGCCAGUUCAUCUGUGAUGAGGGAUUUUCCUUAUCUGGACCAGAAAGAUUAGAUUGUACUCCAUCUGGACAGUGGACAGGAACCCCACCCACAUGUAAAGCUAUCAAGUGCCCAGAAAUCUCUGCCCCUGAACAUGGCAACCUAGCUUGUUCUCACAGUCUUGGAGAAUUUGGUCUUGGAUCCACCUGCCAUUUCUCCUGUAAUGAGGGCUUCAAGCUGGAGGGAACAGACAAUGUGGAAUGCACAGUUUCAGGAAAAUGGUCAACAGCUCCACCAAAUUGCAAAGGUGUAGUAUCUGUGCCUACUUCAGAGGUGCUGUGCCCAACCCUCACCUCUCCUGAGCAGGGCACCAUGUCCUGCAGACAUCAUCAUGGCAACUUUGGCUUGAAUACUACCUGUUACUUUGGAUGCAGAACUGGAUUCACACUCAUAGGAGACAGCGCUCUCAGGUGCAGGCCUUCAGGACUAUGGACAGCAGUGACGCCAGCAUGCAGAGCUAUUAAAUGUUCAGAACUGAACAUUAAUACUCCAGUCAUGAUGAACUGUUCUUAUCCCUGGGGAAAUUUUAGCUUUGGAUCAACCUGCACCUUCCACUGUCCAGAGGGUCAGUUACUGAAUGGCUCUGCUAGAGCAACAUGCCGAGAAGAUGGACACUGGUCAACUGCCAUGCCCACCUGCCAAGCGGGGCCAUUGACUACCCGGGAAGCGCUGACUCUCAUGGGUGGAGCCGUGGCUUCUACAGCAGGUCUGGCUGUGGCUGGAACACUCCUGGCUCUGCUCAGAAAACGGCUCAGAAGAAAAGAUGAUGGAAAAUGCCCCCUGAGCCCUCAAAGCCACCUAGGAACAUACGGGGUGUUUACAAAUGCUGCAUUUGAUGCUGGCUCUUAAGAGACCUCUCCUUCUCCUGGUCACCUCACUCAAUCUCUCAGGAUUCUGCAUAGACUUCCUGCUGGACUUGACUUAAUUCUAGUAUACUUGCUGUGUUCUCUGUAAAUACUUGUGAAUAGAGGACAUGGCAUCUCCUUUGUGGCUUUAGUCCAGAGCAGAAGGAUUGUGCGCUUCUCACUGCUCCACCCAUCUCUUCCGGCUUCACUUCUCCGCCUUCUCCAACGCAAGCCACAGAGGCUGGGUGCAAAUGCUUCUACUGUGGUCUGUGGGCUUUGACCUACCGUCACUGGUAACACCAGCUAGUCAAAGACACUGGAGCAUCUGACUCACCAGAAGACCAAACUGUGCAGAAUGAAAAUUCUGCUUUGUGUUUGGACUGAAGGGAGGUGCUCUCUGCGUCCUUAGAGGGCAGGCCCACCUCUAACUUUUGUUGGAGUCCCUGUGGUCUCCUGUGGCUACUAUCUGAGGUCACUUAGACCUCUGCUACUGAGACUUCUGCAAAAGCCUCCAGAUGGUACCAGAGACUGCAGAACGCUGAGAGUGGAGACUGGAGGCUACAUCAGACGGCAGACCUCCCCUCCAUCAAAUCACUCAGACCACUGUUUAGUGUGCAAUUAAAAAUUCCUCCAAAUGCUGCGUUCUUCUAAGAGAUGUUUGUCCAAUAAGUUCUGUGUAGAACACUUUGUUUACCACCAACAUAGUACACAAUUACAGUCAUCAAAAUGACAGCUAGUCCUGUCAAUGAGCCAGAAAGUGUUAAUUAUACAGCCCUACCCCAGAAAAAAAAGUCAGAGGGGCAGAAAAAGCCUUCAAUACCAUAAUGUUCUGCAGGGA